CAUGGCUAUCUUCACAAGCUGUAGUAUUCGCGAGAUCUUAUCUUAUCGAGUGCUUAGACUCGAUAUGCAAGGAAAUGUUCCACACUCGCUACUAGUACUACUACUAUACUAGUACGCGGCAACAGACGCUCGUGGCUGUGCGCUUGACCUUCAGCUCAACUUCGCCUUCUCCUGUCGCCUAUGGAUAUGGGUCUUGCGUCAGUGAUCGUCGGCCUGACGGAGCUCGCCCAAACCAUUGUCAGGUACUUCAAAGAUAUGCAAGAUCUACCUAAACCUUCUGCCGAUACCAACUAUGCCCAAUACCAUGUUUCUGGUUUCAUAGGCUUUGGCGCUGCUACAGGCUCACUGUUUCCUGUCGAAAUGGUGUCCUUCACUCCUCGCGGUUGCCAGAUGCUUACGUUGUGUCGCUGUCAUAGGCCGGGCAUCGCUACAGGCACACUGUUUGUCAUUCAAACGAUGGGCUUCAUCAUUUGCGGUUUCCUGAUACCUGCGUUUCGUGGUUUUCAUAGGCUUGGGCGCUGGUACAGGCACACUUUCUCUAGUCAUAAUGGUGUGUUUGUUUCCUCACCAUUGCCCAACACCUCCGUUGUGUCGCUGUCAUAGGCUCGAGCACCGCUACAGGCACGCUGUUUGUUAUGCAAAUGGUGGCUUGGUUGUGUGUGGUUGUUCGACACCCGCAUUCGUUGGUUUCCACAGGCUAAGGCUUGGGCUCUGCUGUACAGGCGCACUGUCCGGUGAAAUGGUGUGCUUCGUCUGUCAUGUUCGCCUGAUGCCUGCGCUACCCGGUUGUUACGUCCGCUGGUGGUCUCCUUUAUGAAGGAUCUCACCAGUCUGGUGGUACUCGGUGUUUCGUUCGCAGGCAGUCUCUUUUUCGAAGGAGCUUGCCUGUU